CAAUCAUUACAAGACAAAGGCCCCUACUGCAUCUCCGUGAUCAGCUACCGACGUACUUCAGUGUGGGCGGAACUUUCCCCGCCGGCUUUGCUUACUUUCUUCUCCGACCUUUGACCUCACAUUAUCCUAUAAGAACAUGUGAUCGACCUCUCCUUUCCCACAACAUCCCUGUCAUCCCAAGCCAAAGCAAAUUAAGAGUUUUCUUUCUUCUUUUCACCGCAUCAAAAAUGGAAAGUAGGGGACUUUCUAGCCGAACAUUCCUUUUGACGUUUCUCCUGCUCGGCUUGGGUGCCUCUUUUGCGAAUGCCCAAGCCACACGCGUCGGGUUCUAUGCUGCCACAUGCCCUCGAGCCGAGUCCAUUGUCCGCUCCACGGUUCAAGCUCAUUUCCGGUCCGAUCCCACAGUCGCUCCCGGACUGUUGAGGAUGCAUUUUCAUGACUGCUUCGUUCAGGGCUGCGACGCUUCUGUGCUUAUUGACGGGCCCAGUGCCGAGAAAACAGCCGCACCCAACCGUUCGUUGAGAGGAUUUGAGGUCAUUGACGAUGCCAAGGCACAGCUUGAGGCUGCGUGUCCUGGGGUUGUCUCUUGUGCUGAUAUUCUUGCCCUUGCUGCCCGCGAUUCUGUUGUUCUGACAAAUGGACCGACUUGGCAGGUGCCCACUGGACGCAGAGAUGGUCGUGUAUCGUUGGCCACUGAUGCUGCAAAUUUGCCUGGCUUCACUGACUCCAUUGAUGUGCAAAAGCAAAAGUUUGCCGCAAAGGGUCUCAACACUCAGGAUCUUGUCACCCUUGUUGGUGGGCACACCAUUGGGACAUCAGCUUGCCAGUUAUUUAGGUACAGACUAUAUAACUUCACUACAAUCGGAAAUGGUGCCGAUCCCACCAUUGCUGCCGCUUUCCUUCCUCAACUACAAGCGCUCUGCCCACAAAAUGGCGACGGGACAAGGCGCGUCGGACUAGACACAGGCAGCCCAAACAGAUUCGACACAUCUUUCUUCACAAACUUGAGGAGCGGGCGGGGAGUUCUGGAGUCUGAUCAGAAGCUAUGGACCGAUGCCUCCACCCAAACUUUUGUUCAGCGUUUCAUGGGGUUGAGAGGCCUGCUUGGGUUAAGCUUCAGUGUAGAAUUUGGAAAGUCCAUGGUGAAGAUGAGCAACAUCGGGGUCAAAGGUAGUACUGAUGGUGAAAUUCGCAAACUGUUCUCUGCGAUCAACUGAUCGACAAGUGCAACAAAAAAGAAAUGUUCCGAUCACUUUUUCCUUUCAGAUUUCCAUGUCCGGUAAGCUAAGGAUAUGGGAAAAGAACAAAAAAAAAAAAAAUUGAUGUACUGAAUUUUCUUUUCAUCGGCGUAAGCAAAUGAAUAAGAACGAUAUAUUUUGUUGUGUAAUAAUAGAAAGAAUAGUUUGAACAUA